GAGUUUCACUAUCUGGGGAAAACGCCGGAAACUGAAAGCAGCCUUUCAUUUUUUACUUAUGGCAACCUUCACUAUUUGUCUCUUCUUUCUUGUCUUUGGUAGUUGACCUGCAGAAAAAAAGAAAAAUUUCAUGGUGUUGUGGGUGACACAUAUACGUAGAAAAUUUUAGAAUAAGAUUUCAUUUGGCACCAACUGCAGGGAAAUGGAAUCAAUGGAAUAUGAGCUCGCCAGAAAUCUCACUCUGUUGUUCUUCGUGGAGCGCCUGCUCGACAAGGGCGAGCCGAGAACGUUGCACGACCUCUCCUGCCAGUUCGGUGCCAAGGGGUUCACUAAGGAGAUGCGGCAGAUAGCUGGCGGCUCGCAGUCGGGGCUCAAGAAGUUCCUGGCGCAGUACCCGGCGCUGUUCAGCAUCGACGGCGACUACGUGGACAUCAACACGUUCCAGAAGCACGCGGCGGCGGGCGCGUCCAGUAACAGCGACUACAUCGAGGAGGCCAAGGAGUACUUCGCGGGCAAGAUGAUCCAGUACGGCGACGGCACCGAGGUGCCCAUCAAGAGCCUGCUGGGCCACCGCAGCCAGGCCUCGCCGCAGGUGCGCCACAUCUCCGGGCAGCGCAUCAAGGAGUUCAAGGACUUCCUGCUGAAGCACCCCGACACCUUCCAGAUCGUGGACGACAACGUCAUUCUAGUCAGCGAGAACCACCGCCGGGGCAACUCGCACGGUAACUCAGAACAAUUUCACAAUCUACCCGUAGCUAAUAUUAAUACAGACACUGCACAGCAGUUGUUGGACUAUGUGGCGCAGUGUAUUGAGGCGAAAGGGCCGGUCAUGGUUGAUCAGCUGUUCCACCUCAUCGUGUCGCGGUUCCCGCAGGAGUAUUGGUAUCAAAUGUUUAAAUCUCCUGCAGAUUUAAGUGCCUUUUUGAAACUUUUCUCGGACAGCUUCCAUGUGCAGUCCAACCUUGUCACACUUAUUAGUAAACCAAAAAUUCCUGUCAUGUACUUGAACGCUAAGCCUAAAACUAAGACUGAGGUACCAAAGUCUGUUCAGGAAGAGAAACCAGAGUCCCCCUCCCCUCCGCCCACCAUGGCAGCCAGCCCCAUUCCUUCAGAUGGUAAAUUGAGCCCCGCUAACAGAAUACUCAGCCCCAUAGAAUCUCCCCGCGGUCAACAAACUAACAUUGCUAAUCAAACCCUAAAACAAAGAAUCAAUUCCAUUGUAAUUAAGAAUUUGGCAGAAAAUAUGGUUAGGGACAGGGUCAAUAAUCAUCUGAAUGCCAGGAACUCUGAGGAAACUAACGGUGGCACCCCGAGCCUGCGGAACACAGUCAUGGGAGAAGCAUGGCGCCAGAAGAUACUGCAGUGCACCACAGUCAUUGCUAGCGUUAGGGACUGUGCCACACUGAUGGAAAACAUUAUGAGCCCCAAACGCAACUCUAAAAGUAUUGUAUCCUUUGACUGCGAAGGCAUAAAUCUUGGCCUCAAAGGAGUGCUCACCUUGUGUCAAAUAGCCACCAUGAACGGGGAGGUGUUCAUCCUGGACAUCAUGGCGUGUCCCGGCAUGAUCAUUGAGGGUAAAAUUAAGGAGCUUCUGGAGAGCGAAACUGUUGUAAAAAUUAUACAUGAUUGCCGGAAUGACUCAGUCAAUCUGCACAAUCAGUUUGAAAUUACUUUGAAAAACGUGUUCGACACGCAGGCAGCCCACGCUGUACUACAGCUACAGCAGCAGGCAGUGCCGGUGUAUAAAGUAAAGAACCUCAGUUUGAACGCUCUAUGCGAGCUGUACAACGCUCCCAUGAACCCCAUGAAGGAGCAACUAAAGAAUGUCUACCGCAGGGACCAGCGCUACUGGGCCCGCAGACCCCUCACUAAAGACAUGAUCAUCUACGCCGCCUCUGACGUCUUAUCUCUGGUCAACCCCGCCAUCUACUCGUACAUGUCCAGCAACAUCAAGCCCGAGAACCAGCAGCUCUUUGAGGAACUGAGCAACGAGCAAGUGUUCAUGCACAUCCAGCCUACUGAAGUCAAAAUGCGCAAGCGACAGAGGAAAAUCAACACGGAAGUCGGCGAGCUGAAACAGAAGCUCGCGGAGACUACAAAGAAUAUUGUUCUGAGCAACAGAGAGAUCCGCCUACUGCGGUACCUCGAGCUGACGGAGGAAGAGAAAGAGAAGCUGAAGGGGUGCCACAAGAUCUCCAAGAAAUUAGAGAAGCUGGAAGCGAUCGGACAAGAGAAAGACUCGGACUCGGAAGAUGAUGAGAGGGAGAAUGAGAUGUUGAGUCUAGAGUCGAACCCGUCGGACUCUAUCUCAUCGCCGCACUCGACGCAGCCGCCGUCCCUCACCGAGUCCAUGCAGAUGAUGGACGAGAUCCUCUCGGACACCACCAUGGACAAGGUGGAGAAGAUCAACCGCCUCGAGGCUAUCCUGUCCGCCGUCGCACCCCUCAGCGGAGAACUAGAGGACAAGUUCUCAGCUACCAUGGAACAAACCCUCCCGCUGCUCAAGAACAAAGACUGGUCCAACCUCAGCCAGAUCCUCAACAUAGACACAGUCGACAGCAAGAGCUGCUGCUGUCGAUGCCAUAACCAGACGCUUGAGGAGAGCAAGUGCAAUGAUCUCAUUGAGGCGAAGAAGCUGGAGGUGGGCUCGCAGACGCUCAGCACGGGCGACAUCGUCAUCACGAGGAUACACUUCCGCGAGGAGGACAAGGCCACGGAGCGCGUGCUGGACGCCUCGCCCGGGCGCCGCCUCGGCAUCAACCUCUCCUGAUGCUGCUCAACAUGCCUCUACCGACGCAUCACUUCCAUUUUAUCGAGUGCCACAGUUUAGUUUCGAAACUCAUUUCGUAUGUGAACGAUUCGUCGAGUUUAUUACGAGUAUACCUAGUUAAGUUUGAAGAGAAUAUUUAUUAAGUAAUGUUUUGUUGACGCGUCGAUUUCCAUCGCCAUUUGUAGCGGUGCAGUCGGAGAUUUGUGGAAUACAUUAUGGGCGGAGGAGGUCGAGCAUAGCAAUGUGUAUCGACGCCUACGCGCGCGCACUCGAGUGAGCACGUCAGAAUCAGACGCGCGCAAAUGCGAUCAGUUAACGCAUAAUAAACGAUUCAAUUAUACCAUCUGCGGAGUGUGGCUUACCGUUGAUUCUAUUAAUUUACAUUUAACUCAUUGUAAGGCUAUUGCCUGAUGUAACUCGAAAUUCCCUAUGUGAUAAACGCAACGGCCUUGACUGGUUCCUCUUCUGAAUUGUAAAUAAGAUAAUUACUGAUCUUAGAUUUUUGGUUAUCUCAUCCCAUUUUAGAUAAGAUCAUCAAAGUUCGUUGAUAAGAGUGCAAUGUACAUAAUUUCUUUAUUUAUUUGUAGCGUUUUCGUUCAGUAUGCCUACUGUUAUUUAUACAUGCUACUGAAUUGAUAUCGAAAAUGGCAAUAAUAGGGUAUACAACACACAAGCUUUUUAUUGUGAGAUAGGUAUAUUUAACUUGGUUAGGUAGACUAGAUAUUUUGUUAGAUUAACGUUUAGUUAGUAAGGAUUUUAGAGGUUUAGGGAUAUUUU